UUUCACUUUUUGUGGAAAAGUGGAAAAGUGAAAGUGCUAACCUGAAGUGAAAGCACGCAAUGUCACUCUCUCAAUCUCAACUCAGAGAUCCAGCCAUUAAGCUCUUCGGUAGGAAUAUUCCGUUACCGGAUUCCAACUCUUCUUCUGAGACCUCCCACUCCGACUCUCCGCAUUCUCAACUCAUGGACGAAUGUCGAGAAGAAGCAACAAAAUCAGAAGUAGAGGAUACUGAAGAAAGGUGUUGUGAGCAUGAUAGUUUUUCAGAAUCAAAUGGGAAAGGAAACAGUUACCAAAAUCAUGUCCAGGGGAAUGAAGUAACUUGUAACCCCGAAGAAAACCAAGGGGAUGAAAGUGAUAGAAGUAUCAAAGAGAAGAUUUUGAAAAGGCCCGACAAGAUUCUUCCUUGUCCUCGCUGUAACAGCUUGGAAACAAAGUUUUGCUACUUUAACAAUUACAAUGUUAACCAACCAAGGCAUUUUUGCAAGAACUGCCAAAGAUAUUGGACAGCCGGGGGUACAAUUAGAAAUGUUCCUGUGGGUGCUGGACGCCGCAGGAAUAAGCAUUCAUCUUCGCAGUCUCAUCAGGAAACAACAAAUGAUUCAGCAGUAGUAGUUACACAAAUUGACUGCCAUAACGUUACCAGCAAUCAGUCUCCAUCAUUCAAUAGACUUCCUGCCUCUGCCAGACUUGACAAUGGGAUGGGGGAAGGGCUAAAAUUUAGUUCGGAUACUCCUUUGUGUGAAUCUAUGGAAGCCAAGCUUAUCAUCAAAGACCAGAAGAGAAGUGAUAUAGAAUCUGCUACUUUCAGAGAUAGCGAGGAGCUAUCCUUGUCCAGCAAUUCCUCGAAUGCCCCUUCUUCACAUGAUAGCAGUUGUCUGAGAAUAGAAGACAACAGCGCUGAUCACACACAUCCAAUGCAAUGCUAUCCUGUUCCGCAAUGGGCUUAUCCUUGGAACCCUGGUUGGAGUGUUAUGAUGGUUGGACAAAAUGGAAGCAAUCCCAAUCCUUCUAAUGUAGGUGCUUUGCCUAUGGUGUCAGUUCCCGGUUUUUCAGCACCAAAUACCCCUUUUCCAUUUGUCCCUGCCUCAUAUUGGGGUUACAUGCCAAGCUGGGACGCCCAAAACUGGACUCAGCCGUUUAGAUACGCUGGUAGCCGGUCACCUUCAUCUUCCACAGUCAACACUAGCUGUUCAAGUAAUAGCUCACCAACCUUGGGGAAACAUUCAAGAGAUACAAAUAUGCAGGCAGAAGAAAAAACAGAGCAGUGCCUUUGGGUACCGAAGACAUUGAGAAUUGAUGACCCAGAGGAGGCUGCAAAAAGUUCGAUAUGGUCUACGUUGGGUAUUAAACCUGAUAAGAAUACACCUAUCAUGAGAGGUGGUAUCUUUAAAGCCUUCCAACCCAAAUCAAAUGCCAAUUCACAUUCAUCGGAUGCUGAUCAGGUUUUACAGUCAAAUCCAGCAGCUCUUUCUCGCUCUCGUUCUUUUAAGGAGAGCACGUAAAACUCCCUUGUGACAUGGGAGUUUGUCUGUGUUGUUUGUCUACCUGUUGUGGCGGUGCUGAUUGUAUAAAUACACAGUGACAUUAUUCUUUUUGUCACACCUACAAUCAAAUUUAGUAAGGUUUUGAAGGCAAAUUUUACAGAAGCUAAUUGAAAGAACUAUCAGAUGUUUUUGGAUUUUCAUAAUAAAGGGUAAUCAACGUCUUCUGUAUAGUGACUCUGGAGAAAAAUGGUAGUCAUUAUACAGAAGAUGCAGUGCAUUACACAUUUCACCUUUUACAAAGAAGAUAGCUUAAAUCUAAUUGUCAUUGACACGGUGAUACUUUUAUUUGAAAGUAUAUUCCAAGCACAAAAGGUGGAACAAAGAAUGGCAAGUGAACUCAUUUGGUCAACUAACUCAGAGACUACAUAAUUUGUGUUUCAAGUUUGACUCCAUGAGCUUAGGAGAAAGAAACAAAAAUGGAUUUUCCAAGGAAACUAUGUAAUGUGAAUGAUUUUUCCACGGUAUGCAUCCUGACUUCUAGCAGUUUAGAUCAAAAUACUAGUUGUUUUUUUUUUCACUUUCAUUUUGGCAGCCAAAAUUUUAAUUAUGUUUAAUUUCUCACUUGGUCUCGCUCUUGCCCUUGGUGCUUGUUCAAAGGUUAAAUUUUCAUUGGUUUGUACAUCUGAUGUGUUGUUGUAAUUAAUGGCUAAGCAUUUACCCAUGAGAAAUAACAACUUAAUAUUUGUCAA